AUGCGGUGCUGGGAGCGGAGCCCGCUGGCGCCGCGGCGGCGCUGGGUGCUGCUGCUGGGACCGCUGGCGCUGUUCGCCGCCGCCCUGGCGCUGCGGGGCACAGCCCGCCCCGGCCCCGCCGACCACCCCCGCUGCCGCCAGAGCCUCUGCCGGGCGCUGGAGCUCUCCCCCGGCCGCAGCAUCAACUGCUCGGGGGUCGUCCGCGGGGACCGCACAGCCAUCGAGAAGGCGCAGCUCAGCAAUCUGGAAGUGGCGAACAGCAGGGCUUCGCCGACGCCCGGCGAGUACCUGAACAUGACGAGGGACUGCACAGCCUUCAAGGAGACCCGGCGGUACAUCGAGUUCCCGCUCAGCCAGGAGGAGGAAGAGUUCCCCAUCGCCUACUCCAUAGUCAUUCACAAUAAAAUCCACAUGUUCGAGCGACUCCUGCGGUCCAUCUACGCACCCCAGAAUGUCUACUGYGUCCAUAUGGACAGCAAAUCUCCGGCUGCCUUCCAGGAGGCCGUGCGGGCCAUCGCUGCCUGCUUCCGCAACGUCUUCGUGGCCAGCCGCCUGGAAAGCGUGGUCUAUGCCUCCUGGUCCCGGCUGCAGGCCGACCUCAACUGCAUGCAGGACCUGCUGCAGAGUCCCGUGCCAUGGCGCUACCUCCUCAACACCUGCGGCACCGACUUCCCCAUCAAGACCAACGCCGAGAUAGUGCGGGCGCUGCAGGUGCUGCAGGGCCGGAACAGCCUGGAGUCCGAGAAGCCCUCRGCCGCCAAGCAGGGGCGCUGGCAGUACCACCACGAGGUGGGGAAGGCCAUCUCCCGCACUGCCCGGGAGAAACUGCCGCCACCCCUCAAGUCACCCAUGUUCACGGGCAAUGCAUACAUCGUGGUCACACGGGACUUCGUGCAGCACGUCUUCGAGAACCCCACGGCACAAAAGUUCCUCGAGUGGUCCAAGGACACCUACAGCCCUGACGAGCACGUCUGGGCCACCCUGAACCGCAUGCCGGGCGUGCCGGGGGCACUGCCCCACAACGACAAGUACCAGCUCUCGGACAUGAACGCCCUGCCCCGCCUGGUCAAGUGGCAGUACCUGGAGGGGGACAUCAGCAAGGGCGCGCCCUACCCGCCCUGCACCGGCCGCCACCAGCGCGCCGUCUGCAUCUAUGGGGCGGGCGACGUGCCCUGGAUGCUGCAGCAGCACCAUCUCUUGGCCAACAAGUUCGACCCCGACGUGGACGARGCGGCCAUCCUGUGUCUGGAGGAGCACCUGCGCCACAAGGCCCUCUACGGCCGGGGGCUCUGAGGGGACCGCGGAGACUCUCGCCAGCACCUGCGAGACAAGUGCAGCCGCCGGCGCCUCGGGGACAGUGAAGAGGGGAUCGAGACCGUGUCGUGAGGAGAGCCGGGCGCCGGGGACAGCGG